ACCUAGCGCCUCUGCCCGCGAGUAACUGGAUAUGUUGAUAUUAAUACUAGACUACUGUGCGGCGCUUUGUACUUGUGUGGUUGUAGCUAACGUCAAUAAUAAUAUUUUUUAAAAACUUAUUUAGGGUUUGGAAAAUACCGGCAGUUGAUAUUCAUAUAUUGGAGCAAGACAUUUUUUUGGCGUGUACAUAAGGGACUAAUAAGUGUGUUGAUUCUUGAAAACUAAUCUACACCAAGAACAAUAGUGUGACGUCACAGUUAAUGAUGUAAACACAUAACGUGAUAAAUUCUGGAGUUUUGGAGGAAAACAAAUCUAUGACAAGAUGACUGAUGAACUUCAAUUAACAUCUGAGACUUCCCCACCAAAUGUAAGGGAGACAAGCCCAGCGGAUGCUGCGCGUGAGAUCCUCACUAAAUAUGGUCCUAAGUUUUCUAUGAAGAAUGGAAACACGUUGCUUCAUAUCUGUGCUGACAAAUCUCCAACAUUUAUCUAUGUGCUAGCCAGUGGUGGGGUUCCAGUCAACAUACAGAACAAUGAAGGAAAUACUCCUCUUCAUCUUGCAAUCCAGAAAGAUAGCUAUGAAGUUGUGCAGGCUUUAUUACAGUGUGGUGCUGAUCUGUCUCUCAGAAACAAGUUGGGUCUGACUCCAAUAGAUAUGUCAAAUGAUGUAUACAGAGAGCUGCUAAAGAGAUAUCAGCCGGGUAUAGUGAUGGCCGUUCUGAAUGGCAAACACCAAACACUUGAAAGAUUUUGUAGAAACAACUGGAUGAAUUUCGAAACCAUUGUCAAGAAAAACAAAACUUUGAUGCAACUUGCAAUGGAGGAGGCUGAGAAAGAUAAAAAUAUUCUGGAUUGUUGCCGAGUUUUACAUGACUAUCGAUCUACCAGUGAAGUGACCCAUGCUGUUUUGUCUCAGGAUGUAGAGAAUCUCCGUUUCUUGUUGAGCACUCUCGGAGAUUACUCAGUCAAUGUUCGUCUUCGAGAUCGGCUUGGAAAAACUCUUCUAUCCCAUGCUGUGGAAAACAAUAAUUUACAAAUCAGUAAAAUGCUGGUUGAUGCAGGCGCACGAAUAAAGGACAUUCGUGUCAAGGAACAAGAAAAGGACAGUGCCACAGUUCCAUUAUUCCACAAGGCUCUGAGGAAAGGAGCAGAUGAAGACAUUGCCAAAUACUUGUUUUCUGUCCAGGAUCCCACCGAGUUACUGGAAAAAGAUGCAAAUGGCAACACUGCCAUUUUACGAGCAGUACAGGAACGGUGUUCAGCCACUUUAAUUACCUGGCUGCUAGAAGUCCAAAAUGGCAAAUGUUUAACACACAGAAAUAAGGAUGGUUUAACACCUGUGGAACUGGCAUCUCAUCUACAACAUACAGAAUUAGUGCUAGCAAUUAACCAAUUCAUACUCAAAGGCAAUAAGGAUCUUGAUCUGCUACAGUUGCCGGUUCAUUUCUAUGGAAACCAGAACCUCCAACUGACAGAUGAGACUUGUGGUAAAUCUCUUGUGGAGCUUGUCAAGGACAGCAACAACAAAGAGAAUUUAGUUGCACUGGAGCGCUACUCGGACAUUGAGGAGAGGGGUGUGUCUUUGUUUAAUGCUGCUGCUACUGAUGAUCUUGACCUGGUGCAGAAACUAAACAUGGGGAACUUCCAAGACAAAAAUGGCUUCACAGCACUGCACAGAGCUAUUGUGUUUAACCAGCAGCAAAUUGCAGAAAACCUUGUCUUAACAAGACCUGGUCUUAAAUCCAUCCCCGACAAUUGCAAUCGCUACCCACUUCAUUAUGCAUGCCUGUUACCCGAUGAACAACUGGUUUUCUUUGCAAAACUUCUGUUGGAAAAAAAUCCACAAGAUAUUGAAAAACGAGUAGACAAGGACGGCCGCUAUCCUGUCGACUACAAGCGUCUUCGUGGGUCCUCUGAAGGUCUCCAGCUUUUGUAUGAUGCCAGGACACUGGAUGCAUAUGGAAAGAGAGGAUCACCUUUAGGUCCAUGGCCAGAUGGUGCAAUGACCAGUCCACCUCAGGAAGAAUGAAACAGAUUUGUUAUCUUACAAUGAUAAACCAUCAAUUCUUGUGGUGUCCCUGAGAAAGAAACUUGUCUUGUCAACAGAAAUUCUCAAAAAUGUUCCAAGAUCUUCCAAACAUUGCAUAUAAUAUCAAACCUGUGGUGAUCUGCAAUUCAUAUUCUUUCCAUUACCAGUGUACUGUGUAUAUCUGUUGUAGAUCAGUAUUCUUGCAACAGUAUUUUUAUUAAUUAAAUUUUUUUUUUAUUCUCAUGAAUUACAGUGGGGAUUAAGUUUUCAUGAACAAUGUAUGUUAACACUCAGGUGCAUAAUCCACGCAAUAAUAAAAUAAGAACGACACAGGACUUGGGGAUGAUCCUAAUCCACGUGUAGUUGACUGUAGGUUUAUGCUAGGGUCAGACUACCAACUGCCAGCACAAAGUUGGCCAGCACGACAGUUGCCUUGUAAUUUCUCCAACUCCCAAUGGAUGCAAACAGAUUAACAAUUAAUGGGUUAUACGAUGAGAAUAGAGUUGUAAGAGCACUCAGACUAGCAACUAGACAGGUCGUAGAAGUCGUGACAGCAGAAAGUUGGCCAACUUUCUACUGGCAAUUGGUAGUCUGAACCUUGAGAUUUGAUAACAUUGGGGGGGG